UGGCGGGACCUCUUUAAGAAUAACCCGGGGCCAUUCACUGAAUCGGACUAGCACAACCAGCCGAACAACGCCAAGCUUCAGAAUUUCCAGCACUGGCCCGGUCACGUCUCCUGCUCCCGCGCCCGCUCCCGAAUCUGGAUCUGCCUCGACCGCACCCAACUUGCGAUUCAACGAGCCGAUUCUGUCCGCCGGCGGAAUUGCGGCUCUCGCUACCAACAUAAUGCCACCUCCAUUCCCUCGGCCGUCAAUAUGCGGCCUUCAAAACGCCUUCGCCUCCUGCCGCAUCUCGACAACGACGACGACGACAACGAGGAGGGCAGCCACAUCAACGACCCAGACGACAACGGCACACGCAACACCGCUAUGGCGAGCAUUCAGCACUACCCCCUCAGCAGCCCAAUCUUUCGCGGUCCCUCCCGAAUCCCCCAAAUUCAUCAGCCUCGAGGAGCCGCCGCAGUCGUCUGAGAUGAAGCUGCCGCCAGUCAAGGGCCACCUGCCCGUGCCGCGCGACGUGUUCCCCAAGCGCGAGGGCAACCGCAAGGUCAAACCCGAGUACCUCGAGGCGACGCGGCCCAAGUCGAAGGCCGAGCUGGCCGGGCAGCCGCCGCGGUCCGCCGAGGAGGCCCGGCACCGGCUGAUGGCGGCGGCGCGGCGCAGCGCGCUGGCGUCGGGCCUGCAGGGGCUCUACGUGCGCAAGAAGCAGCGCGAGAAGCGGCGGCGCGAGGCCGCGGAGGCGAACCGCAAGGCCAACCUGGCGGCGGCGACGGCGCCGGAGCGGCUGGACGAGGUGCUCACGCGGCCGACGGUGCGCGCGGCGACGGCGCUGAACACCGCGGUGGUGCCGGACCCGAACCGGUUCGCGGCCGCGGAGGAGGCGCGCGCGCGGCACCAGCAGCGCGAGGAGCUCAAGGCGGAGGCGCGGCGCGACGCGCUGGCCCAGCUGUACGUGGCCGCGCAGAGCUUCAUCGUGGACGAGGCCGAGCUCGAGGCCCGCGUCAACGCCAUCUUCACCCCCGACUACCACAAGUACGCCGCCGGCGGCCGCGGCGAGAGCAUCUGGGACCUGCACGGCGCUCCCAUCAGCGUCGCCGAGCUGCGCCAGGAAGCCAUGGGCUCGUCCAACAACCUGACCGAGGCCCAGAGGGCGCCCGUCAUCAAGACGACGCAUCGGCAGAAGGUGGUGGCAGAGGAGUUGACGGGCGGCAAACUGUGAGGCUACUAGUACUCUGGCAGGAAGCUUUGUACGUACGUGGACGUGAGGGAGGAUGUGUGGCAGGCCUGCUCGCCUGGGAUGCCGUUGUGUAUCAACCUGGAACCC